AGGCAUGAUGUUUAGGAAUUCAAAGAUUCUUGCUCUGAUCGUUUUCCUAGUAUGUAUUUGCUGUUUCUUUCCCUGUAAAUGCAUUUUUAAUAUCUAGUACCUAUGUGCUUAAAGGGCGACGAGAUUGGAAUUUCUUCCAAUUGCAUUGAAAAAGAAGAUCCAAACAAGGAUAUUCCCACACUUGAUGAUGUGGAUAAACCCCAGGAUAACAUAGUUACAAGUCUUGCCGAGAAAGCAAUGUCUAUUGCUAGUCCUGUGGUACCCACAAAAGAUGGGGAAGUAGAUCAAGAGAGGCUGGUGGCAAUGCUUGCAGAGUUAGGACAGAGGGGUGGACUUUUUAGGUUUAUCGGAAAAUUUGCAUUGCUUUGGGGUGGAUUACGUGGUGCCAUGAGUCUAACGGACAAACUCCUUUCAUUUCUGCACAUUGCUGAACGUCCUUUGUUCCAAAGGAUUUUUGCAUUUAUGUGUAUGGUUCUUGUUUUAUGGUCACCUGUUGCUGUACCUUUGCUACCAACACUUGUGUGUAGCUGGACUACUCAUAGCCCAUCCAAAACUGCAGAACUGGUUUGCAUUGUUGGACUCUAUAUCUCUGUUAUGCUACUAGUUACAAUAUGGGGGAAAAGAAUUCGUGGGUACCGAAAUCCACUUGAACGAUAUGGACUGGAUCUGACUUCAUUGUCACAGGCUCAGGAUUUUAUAAAGGGGUUGGUCGGAGGAGUCAUUCUUGUUUUACUAUAUUAUUCGGUAAACUCCCUAGUCGGAAGUGUCCAUUUCCAUAUGCCAAUCACUUUCCCUCCAUCAUCUUCUGCUGCCCUAGCAUCAUUAAAAAUAUUCAGUCAGAUGGUUUUACUAGCUUUUCAAGGACUUACAACCGCAACUGGGGUUGCAAUGAUCGAGGAGUUGAUUUUCAGAUCAUGGUUGCCUGAUGAAAUUGCUUCUGACCUCGGACACAAUCAAGGAAUAAUCAUUUCGGGACUUGCAUUUUCAGUAUUCCAAAGGUCAGCAUGGGCAGUGCCUGGUCUAUGGAUGUUAUCACUAGCUCUUUCUGGGCUUAGGACAAGAAAGAAGGGUAGCCUAUCCCUUCCCAUUGGCGUACGUGCAGGGAUAUUGGCUUCAAAUAAUUUCUUGAGGAUGGAAGGCUUUCUGGUUCCUGGAUCCAAGUCUCCACCAUGGCUUACCGGAGCAUCCUCUUUUCAACCUUUUAGUGGCGCCACUGGUCUUGCCAUUGCCUUGUUUUUGGCUGUACUGGUCUAUCCAAGAGAUACGAAAAAAAUGUCUAGACCCAUGAAGGAUUAAGCAUGCGAAUAUCAAAUUAAGGCCCGUUUGGUAAAAAGGUAUUUGGCUGAAUGCUCGAAUCUACUCAAUUUUCUGAAAUUUUAAGCGUUUGUAAAAAUCAAUUUCAGCCAAAUAAGCAAGUCAAAUGGAAUUAUUCUGCUAUGGCAUGUAGAUAAGCAGAGUAAGCUGAUUAAUGCUACCAAAAAGGGCUUUUUAUAUGUACUCCCUUCGUCCGGUUUUAGUUGUCAACUUGUUCUCAUUUGUCCAAAAUUAGUUUUCUACUAUCUGUAUUCAAUAUUUCAAUGGAGUAAGGGUAUGGUGGUGCUAAAUCCAAUCCAUUUAUAAGAAAUUGACAACUUUACC